UUCAGAUCAACUUCUAUGCAGGAAGUAGGAGAAAAUGAAACAGAAGUGACUGAAUUUAUCCUCAUUGGCUGGUCAGGACGACCCAAGGAAAGGAUGACUCUAAUGGUUUUCUUGAUAAUUGCUUAUGCAGUAACCAUAGUUGGAAAUGGACUCAUUGUGUUAGUGGUUGUAUCUGAUCCGCGGCUCCACAACCCCAUGUAUUUCUUCCUCUGUAAUUUGUCUAUCCUCGAUCUCUGCCUCAUAACAAUUGCAGUACCACAAUCCAUAGCCAACUGUUUAGAGGACCGCCCUGUCAUGUCUCUUCCUUUGUGCUUCACCCAGCUCUAUGGUGGUUUAUGCUUUGGAGCAACUGAAUGUUUACUCCUGGCUGUCAUGGCUUAUGAUCGUUAUGUUGCUAUCUCCAACCCACUGCGCUACACACUCAUCAUGAAUAUGAGGGUUUGUAUUGUGUUAGCCACCACGACAUGGACUACGGCCUUUAUGCUUACUGUUGUGCCCUGUCUUGCUAAACCAGCUAGAUUCUGUGGAAACAACAAAGUUGACCAUUUGUCAUGUGAAUUUAAAUCUGUAUUUAAACUCAUUUGUACAGAUACAUCUUUGAGCCAAAUAAGCAUUUACUUUACUAGCAGCUUUACCUUAGUUUUCCCUCUAAGCUUCAUCCUUUUUUCCUAUUUACGCAUUCUAGUGGCCAUCCUGAGGAUGCAUUCUGAAGGAGGCAGGAUGAAGGCUUUUUCCACAUGUGGGUCCCAUCUUGCAGUGGUGUCCAUGUUCUAUGGCACUGCUAUCUUUUCCUAUCUUCUUCCUCAGACAAAGGGAGUCAGUGACAUUGAAAAAAUAGUAUCUAUAUUUUACGGCGUGGUGACACCGAUGUUGAACCCUUUAAUUUAUACCCUCAGAAAUCAAGAAGUCAUGGGAGCAUUAAAAAGACUGCUGAAUAAAAAAGGUGUCACAUAACAUGUGAUGCAUAUCAGUAGCUAUAUGCUUUCCUU